AUGGCCAAAAGCAUGGUCCUGUGUGCCCUGGGAGGUAUUGCUACGUUAGGCCUUUGUCAGUCAUUGGCUCCAGCAAAUGAUAUCGUGUUUCCAUCAUCAAAAACCUCUUCGAAUCCCCUUAUCUAUGCAGGCGGGAACUCGCCGUAUUUCGCAGGCCCGAACGUGAAUAAAAUCGAGAACACAGUCCCGGAAAAAUGUACUGUAAGGCAGGCCGCUUAUUUUGUUCGGCAUGGUAGUAGAUUCCCUGAUACCGGCUCAUACGGGUCCUGGGUCACGCUUCAUGACAAGAUUCAGGCUGCGGCACAGCAAGACGGGUUCGACGCUCGAGGGUCACUCAAAUUCAUCACUGAGUGGACGCCAGUUUUGACAAAUCCUUCUUUGCAACUAGCACAGGAGUCGAUGACAGGGUGGAAAGAGGCAAGCGAUCUCGGCUAUCAACUCCGCUCUAGAUAUCCCACCUUCUAUGAAAAUGGUACCCCAUUCUACGUUUGGGCCAACCAAUACAAAUCACCAGUAAAUGAAUCUCGAGUGGUUCAGACUGCGAGAGCGUUCAUCAAUGGCUACUUGUAUGAGUAUGCUGAUGCUUACGGCACUGUUGUGAGUGUAAACUCCACGGGGUCUCCUGAUGCUAUCGGAAAUUCCCUUGGGCCUUCCGAUUCAUGUCCCGCGUUUGGUGCGACUUCUAGUGGGGGUAACAAUGUGACCAAUUGGCAGGCUACGUGGCUACCAAAAGCUGUACGCCGAAUCAACUCUCAAAUUAGGGGAAACCUCACUUUUGAAGAGAGCGACGUUCUCUUCUUCCCUUACUUGUGUGCAUAUGAGAGUCAAAUCACAGGUCGACUCAGCUCGUGGUGCGAUGUUUUCACAGAAAGCGAGCUUCGCCACUACGCAUACUCGCAGGACUUGAGCUACUUUUACGGAGUCGGGCCCGGCUCAGUCGGACCCGCCAAAGUGCUUUUCCUUCCUUUCUUGAAGAGUCUACUUUCCCUUCUAGAGUCCGGUCCUGGAAAAGUGGGUGUGGGAGCCGACGGCACUGAGUUCCAAAUUCCGAGCCUCAUCAUGGCCUUCUUGAAUGACAACCAGCUCGCCGAGAUGACCGCUGCUAUGGGAAUUUUCGACUCGGAGGGACUGCUUCCGGAUGACCACAUACCAGCGCAUCACUUGUACAAUGUGGCGAACUUUAUCACUAUGCGGGGUACUACUGCUUUCGAGGUCAUGGACUGCGAUGGAAAUGAUGAGCCUUACCUCCGCAUCUUGUUGAAUGAUGCUGUUUAUCCCAUCAGCGGUUGUCAAAAUGGUCCUGGAAAAAGCUGCAUUUUAUCUGAUUACAUCUCGUUGAUUGACAAGAAGAUUGAGAAGGCGGGUGACUUCUUUGAUUACUGCAACGUCACAGACUCAAAUCACCCCGAAACCGCUGCGGGGGCUUCCUUCUUCGAGGAUCUUUCCUUGGAUUUUCUCACAUUUGUCAAACCCUGA